UUUGGAGAGAUAAGGUGGAAGAGAGGACUCAACGUAACUUCAUGUUUUUAUCCCUCUCCAAAAGGGGAUCCACAGACUUAUCAGCCGGGUGUCCAGUUAUCGUUGAGUCGAAGGAAGAGUCUCAGUGGGUUAGUUGACUCCCGGUCUCUUGGUCGUCGGACAGCCUGCCGUCCAUCCAAUGUGCGUAAAAGGGCUCUAUUUCCUCACCGUCCUGUCUGGACUCGCAGCUUCAGGCGUGCUGCAGGUCAGCGGGAUGCGUGUAUACACCAACGGGGACAUGGAGGCCGUCAACGGGACGGAUGUUCGUCUGAAAUGCACAUUCCAGAGCUCCGCUGCCAUCAACCCCAACACCAUCGUCAUCUCCUGGAGCUUCAGACCCCUCAAACCAGGCCGAGAAGAGUCGGUGUUCUACUACCAUCAGCGGGCAUAUCCUCCGUUAGAGGGCAUUUUCAGGAAGCGUGUCAGUUGGGACGGCGACGUCAUGGGCCGUGAUGCCUCCAUCGUACUUCAGCAGGUCAAGUUCACCUACAACGGCACUUACAUCUGCCAGGUCAAGAACCCGCCGGAUGCCCACGGCACGGUUGGAGAGAUUCGACUCCGUGUCGUCGCCACAGCCUCUUUCUCCGAACUUCUCCUCCUGGCGCUGGCCGUCGGGGGCGGCAUCGCCGCUGUGGUCAUCCUCCUCAUCAUCAUUAUGUCCUGCAGGCGGUGCAAGAAGAGGAGACAGAGACAGCAUGAAGGGAACGAGGAGGCUCCCCGCAAAGAGAGAAAAGACCCCACUGUGUGGUAAGACCAAGAGAAAGACAGAAUGGGGUGGAAGAAGGGGACAGAGAGAGGAACCGAAGAAUUUCACACUUCCUCUCUCGCUCUUUGUUCAACUGUGGGGAUCGGGGCAUGUGGCGCUCCUUCUUGGGGUCUGGGGCUCUUUUCCUUCUGGACGUUUCACCUCCACCUUCCACUCCAACCGCAGUCUUUGGAUCCCAAACCUGGACCAUAGAUGAUGGGCAGCUGUCACUAACCAGAUAUAAAUUAAGAAAGUGCCUUUGUAUAGGAUGCUAGAUACAGAACUUAAGCCAGACUGUUGUGUAGCUUUUAUGAUGUCACCACGUGCCUUUCACUUCUAGAGAGAAACAACUAUAUUAUCAGUUCAUCUUUGCCGGUUCAGCUAAAUGGGCUUCAAAAACACAUUUCCUGUUUAGAGUAAAUGUUUUGAUGAUGUAGAGGUCGAACAAUGGUAUAUUCCUGCUGUUUAUUUCCUUUCUAAUACAUUUCGAACCCCAACAAUGCAGUACAAGCCGCAUGUUUGAUAUAUU